UCCUCCUUGCAGUGUGCUGCCAGUCUUUAAGCUGGAGACACACUCAGACCAACCGUCCAGAAAAGUCUUGAGUAAAAAUAAAUAAACAAAAAAAACUUUGCAUCUUUUACUGAGUUGCAUCAGGGAGCGAUGGCCUCCUUCCUCCAAACGAAAGCUGCAAAGCUCCUAAUCUACCUCUUGACUUAUGUGGGAGCCGUGGUCCAAGCCCAAAGCCGGCUCCUGCCAGGCUCAUGCAGCUUUGAAUCCAACACCUGCGGAUAUGAGUCAGACGCAGACCAUGCGAGCUGGGUCCUGCACAGAGAUGGACAUUUUGUUGCAGUGGAAGCCCUUAACGAUGACAUGGAGGGCAGCUCGGGUUCAGGUAUCGAACCAAAGAAGGAGGUUACAGGAAUCCUGCUGAGUCCGCCUCUGGAGCACCAAGAGUGGAGCUGUAUGAGGCUCGUCUAUCAGAUCGCAGAAUCAGGACACCUGGAGGUUUUGCAGAGAAGUGAAGGGAGGAGCUUCGAUAAGCCGCUGUGGAGCAGCCAGGUCCCAUCUGACAGCUGGAUCAUCGCGAGUGUGGAUCUGCAGAACUCCUCUGAGCCUUUCAGGAUUGUGAUUAAUGGUAGAGCUGGACCGAGCGCAGGGAGCAGCGUGGCCAUCUUUGAGAUCCACAUCAGCCCUGGAUACUGCCUGGAGUGUGAUUUUGAGGAGCCUCUUCUGUGUGGCUACAAUAACCAGUGGAACGUUAAUGUAAACUGGUAUGUGGGAGGUGGUGGAGUUCAACUGGUUCACAACAACAUGCCGAAAGAUCACACAUACCACAACAAGACAGCAUGCAGGCUCAGCCUGGCCUGCACACUCAGCUCUCUGUUCACUCGACACAUAAACAACCGCGCAAUGGUUUUUGAAGUGGGCUUCAAUAGCCCAAGAGGUGGACACGUUGCCGUUGAUGACAUUUCCUUCUCUCCAGAGUUUUGCAACAGAGACACAGAGCCAACCUUCGACCCCUCCAUCGCCAACUGUGAUUUUGAAUCUGGUCUCUGCCUCUACACCCAGGACCGGGCAUUCGGCUCGUCAUGGCGGAGAGUGUCGGUGAAGCCUAACAUAUUCAGGAAUGGAGACCACACCACAGGAGCAGGAUCCUUCCUGUUGGCUCAUUCCCAGCUGGGCCCGCGGUCCGGCUAUGUUAGCCGUGUGAUCAGUCCAACUCUACCAGGGAACACCAAGUUCUGCCUUAGGUUUUACUUCUUACUGAAAGGUUUCAACCAGACGGAGCAGGCAUUGGCGGUUUAUCUGCUGCAGCAGGGAGGCAAGCAGGAGAAGAUCUGGACUCAGGCAGAGAAGUCAAGGGGAAUCUGGAUUUUAGCGGAUGUAACCUUCCAGACGUCACAGCCUGCUAAGAUGGCCUUUGUCACCACCUGCAGGAGUUUCUGGGACUGCGGCUCUGUGGCUCUGGACGACAUCAGUCUGAACCUCGGCGACUGUGAGCUGACGGCAGGUUUCCCAUCCUCCGGCCUCCUUGGACACUGUGACUUUGAGGCCGGACUCUGCGGAUACACUCAGGAUAAAGUCAGCGAUUCAGCUGACUGGCAUCAGAGGAGAGGAUCCACCCCAACUUCAUACACGGGACCUAGAGGGGACCACACCAUGGGUCUCGGGUACUACAUGUACAUUGAGGCGUCGCCCAUGCUGCCGGGCCAAAACGCUCGGCUGGUCUCCCAACCUGUAAGGGGAAACAGGGGACCUCAGUGUCUCCAGUUCUUCUACCACAUGUACGGCACAGGAACGGGCAAGCUAAGGGUGCUUGCCGUUAAGGAUGGGGAGGAAGAGUUGCUGUGGCAACGGAGCGGCGAGCAGAGCAUCGCCUGGCUGAGAGCUCAGGUGGAGUACCAGAGCCAAAGUCGACAUCAGAUUGUGUUCGAAGCGACCAGAGGAGGUUCUGUAAGGAGUGACAUAGCGAUUGAUGACAUCAUGUUGGACAGCGGACCUUGCCCAGAGAUGGAGGUCAGAGCCCGCGUGGGAAGCUCCAAUGAAAUCGAGUAGAAAAAUGCAUAUAUCUGCAUUAGGAUGCAUGAAACCCCACUUUCCCCCACUCUUCAUUUUUGCACAUCAGACAACCCAAAGCGUUGUUGACUCCUACAUGUCAGGCAGAACAUGUAGAGCGAAGAAACUGCUGAUGUAGUUCAGGUUUGAUGGGGCAACAUGUCAGUUAUAACAUUUUACAGUGGCUUUCCCUCUGCAUUGUAGCAACAGAGGAUGUUAAACUGUGUUUUUUCUUCACACUUCUAUGCAUUAGAUUAAUGCUCAUUGCUUAAAUAAAUAAAUCCCAGAAUGU